GAUGAAAUGCUUACAAUAUUGGCCCGAGGAGUUGAACGGUGUGAGCAAGUACGGACGAAUUGACGUCAAGUACGUUGAUGUCGAGGAGAUGUUUGAUUACAACAUCAGGACUUUUACAAUCAUGAAGGGAUAUGAUACCAGGGUGGUCAAGCAGUUUCAUCUCAAAUCGUGGCCAGACAAAGGUGUUCCCGAGCCUGGUGUCUUGUAGAAUUCUGGAGAGCGGUGGAUACUCAGAAAGAGCACAUUUCACCCAUUCUGGUUCACUGCAGCGCUGGUGUUGGGCGAACAGGAACAUUUAUUGCUCUCGACAAUCUUAUUUCACAAGCACAAAUUGAAAACUGUGUCAGACCAUUCCAGAUUGUUGAAGCGUUGCGCGAACAAAGGGUUAGCAUGGUCCAAACAAAGGAACAAUACACCUAUCUACAUGAGGCCCUGGCUGAAGCUCUUUUGGUUGGGACACAUCACGUGGUGACCCGACAGUUCGAAAGUGUCCACCAGUUCAUGAUUGGAAAAGACAGAAAUUUGACAACUACACGACUGGAAAAACAGUUCGAAUUGUGCAUGCGUAGUGUUGAAAGUCGUGAAGGACAUUUGCUACCAGUGGCAAGUCAAGAGGCAGAAUAUGGCAAUAUUGGGGGAAACUUGGCUGAAAUAGAUUCAUAUCGGCCUCAACAUUAUAGGAGGAGUGAACCACCAGCUGAAAUAAAUCUCCCUGUAAGUUAG